ACAGGUGGGCGAAGAGGUUACAGACGGCUGGAAGGCGCAGCUAUUGGGACAAAGACUGAAGUGAAAUUUAUUACAUUUAUGUUCAAAUGUUACGACGAUUACUUUUAAACUUUUUUUAUUGUGGUGUUUAGUUCUUGGUUCACUUGUGUUUCGCCGCUGGCUUACAUACUCUCCGCUUAGUUAGCAAGGGUCGAGACUACUUUAGAGUAUAAUGGCGAAGUCGAACUGGCACCCAGUGCAUCUGUUUUACCAGUCUGUGAUAGAAGAUGUGAUAGGUGAUGUUCAAGACCUCCUCCUGGAUGAAGGAGUUGACGAACUGGUCCUGCAGGAAUUAAGAACUUUAUGGGAAAACAGACUGAUGCAUUCGAGAGCUGUGGAGGGGUUCCAGACAGAAGAGCAGCGGCAAAUUCUGCAGUCCCAGCAGCAAGCCAGAACACAGCAGAUCAUCAUUCCCACAGCCCAACAAGGCCAGUCCCGCCAGCUCACCUCCAGCAGGGGGCGCCUCUUUAGGGCCAUGAUUGCUCUGUCAUACUAUAUCACACAGUCCUUUCACGCUUGAGUGCCUAGCUGACCCUUGACCCCUAACCACCAUGUCCUUAAUGUGUUUUUUUUAUCCUUACGUCCUUUCAACUCCUUGUAGCAGCUCCACAGCAGCCAGUCAUUGUACAGGAUGCUAGAAUCUUGCAACACAGGAAUCCAGCAGGAAUGAAUUCUGCCACUACUGCAACCCUGGCCCUGCCGACAGGCCCUUAUCAACAGCUGAUCCCAAGCCAAGGCAAGAUCCUGCAGUUGGUGAGAGGUGCAGAUGGGACCCAAUACCUCAUCCAGCCUCAGCAGCAGGUGGUGCUGCAGCAGCAGGUCUUACCCGCAGUGCCGUCUGGAGGAGCGCAGGCUCCAGUCAUACAGCAGGUUCUGACUGCCCUACCAGGUGUAAUUACCCAGCAAACCGGGGUUGUUAUUCAGCCACAGCAAAUUGUCAUUAGCGGGAACAACGUGCCACAGAACGCACAGGUAGUCCAGGCAGCACAGACAGGGCUGGGAGCGGUGCAUGGCGAGCCACAGUCACAGUGGUGGCAGCAGCAGCAGCAGCAGCAGCUCAAAGAGAACGACAGUGGAGAGGAUGGAGGAUGGACAAGUUGAGGAGAUCCACAGAGGUAAGAACAAAUGGAAAUUCCACCUCAAAGAUGAAGUCAUGAAAAGUCAAGCUGAAUUGCAGGGAUUAUGUCUUCUCCAAAGCCAUUGGAGAUGGAGAGUGGUAAAACAAGGGAAGUUGGACCUUCUGUAAACUAAUAAUGCAAGACAUGUCCUCAUUGGGGGUAUAUGCACUUCAUAAGCCAUCAAUAGAACCAUGCAAAGCCUGGGAUUUUCUGGAAGGGUAAAUGGCAACAUUGUGGUACACAACAGCCUGCCUCUUUAAAUGGCUUGUGUGAUGUCAUUUUGUACAGUCAUAGUGACGUUGACAACUGGAGUCUGAGACAUUUGACUUUUUUUUACAUUUUUUAUUUUAUUUAAUUUAUUUCUAUAAAUAUGACACAUGUUAGAUGUAGUGGACCAGGUUAACUCAGCACGUGUUGCAUAUUGCUGUAUUUACAUUAGCCAUUACAGUAACUUAAAAACUUUCUGAAAAUUAAACACUCCAGGGCAUCACAGAUUCACUGGAUAAGAUGACACUUAUAGUGAAGACUGCGAUUUGGAAAACCGGUUUUAACUGUUUUCUUGAAUGUUUUGAUGGAGAGCUUUGAUUCAGUGUCCUUUAUGUUCCUAUUGGAUAUCUUGAUUGUCAGUUAGGUCAUUUACAUUUUCCGUGUGCCUAGUGAAUCAUUUUAGCAUACCCUGUCCACUGGUAAUAUGACCCCUGGUGGUGGUUUAUCUUAAAAAGUACAAAGCUUUCAGAAACUAGAGAGGGUAAAAUGGGUAUGUGAUUGAGGCUGUGGGAUGUUGUGGGAGUAGCCUGCAUUCAUUCAUCAUCAAAUGAACAUACACAAGCUGAAAUACACAAUAUUUCAAAAUUAGUGAAGGCACACAGAUAUUAUACUUUAUAAAAGCAAGUGAAGCAGUGCUACACUACCAACUGUUUGAAGAAAAACGAUUUGACCAAUUUACCAUCUUAUCCAACAAAGUCAUUCAUUUUCAAAUGAGAUAAUUGUUCAGGUUGAACACAUCUGUAAUGACACUGGCAAAUAAGUUGGCUUCAUAACCUUUAACGUUACGUGGAGUGUAGUUUUCACUGUUACUGUACUGCUGUUGUAAAUACUGUUUGUCUGACAGGGGAAUCUAUUUAUUGUUUGUAGAUGUCAUACUAUACCAUUUUCCAAUCAAGUUUGGUCUUUGUAACUGACACUAUCAUAUGUUUGAAAACCACCUUUUGAAUACAGUUAGAGAAUGUAAAGUUUUGUUGCACAAAGUUCUGGGUUUUUUACCUUUUUAUUAAAGGAUUUAGAAAUGA